AUGGGAAGGACGUUCAUGUGGCUGACAGAUAUGCUCUCUUUGAUCGAUGACAAAGGACCAACCACUGAAGGAAUAUUCAGGAAGACACCCAGUAUCAAAGCAUGUGGAGCCCUAAAGGAAAGGCUGGAUUCAGGAGAAGUGGACCUGAGCCAGGAGCCCAUCCUCGUCGUGUCUUCUGUCCUGAAAAUUUGUCUUGUAGAAUUUAUCCUUGAUAACUACAGCAAAGUAUUUGGAGAAGACAAUGACUCAAUUGGGCAGGAGAGCGCAAUGAUUUGUAACAGUACUGAGACUCCUCCUGAUACCCAGAUAUGUCUGUUGACCUUGGCAGGUAACGACCUAAUGAAUGUCUUGGAGCCAGAUUCCAGCUUUCCUUUUGUAAGAGAAUUUGUUCUCCAAGACUUUGCCUGUGAGUGCACGAUUCAAGUCCUUCUCUUCUCGCUCUUCACUACAACAUAUGGUCUCACCAUCAUGGGGAAUAUAGCUGUCGUUUAUGCCCUGUUCUGUGACCAGAGACUCCAUAGUCCCACGUAUAUGUUCCUAGGGAAUGUUUCCUUCCUAGAAAUCUGGCAUGUCUCUUCCACAGUCCCCAAGAUGUUAGUCAACUUCCUUUCAAACAAAAAAACAUUCUCUUUUGCUGGAUUCUUCCUCCAUUUCUAUUUCUUCUUUCUUUUGGGUACAUCUGAAUGCUUUCUUUUGACUGCCAUGGCCUUCGAUCAGUACCUGGAUAUCUACCAUCCCUUGUGCUACUCCAAUAUCUUGUCUGGGAGUUUCUGAACCAAAUUGGUCAUUAUCUGCUGGUCAUGUGGGUUGCUGUGGUACUUAAUCCCCAUCGUUCUCAUCUCGCAGAUGCCCUUCUGUGGUUCAAAGGUUAUUGACCAUAUAUAUAUAUAUAUAUGCUUUUGA